AUGGCGGACCUAGCCAGAGGCAUUGCCAGGCCCCUCGGUAGGGUACCCAGCCGCUCGGGAGGCAGCCCGCCCGCCCCGCGCCCGCUCCCCAUUAACUCCGGGGGCGGCGCCGAGUCGCCCAGGUCUUUAAACCUCCGCCCGGCUUCUCCCGCGCCGGCCGGGGCCGCCGUGGAGGAAGGCACGGGCGCUAGCUGUCGGGGGGAGCGUCCGCCUGCAGGGGCCGCGCCCCUGCCCGGCCCGAGGCCCUGGGUUUCCCUCAGUGUCCUGGCGCUGCGCUCGGGAGGAGGGACGCGGCUGGGGCCGCCCAUCCCGUGCGCGACGGUCCGCGGCAUGCAUGGGUACGGCGGUCCCGACGGCGCACCGGCACAGGGCCGGCCUGCGACCGGCGGGCCGGCUGGGAGGGCUUCCGAGGCCGGGCGCCCGCUCAACGACGCACCCGUGCGGGACCGAGAAGAACCCCCUCGGCGCCUCCUUCCCCCUCCCCCCGGCCCAUGGACCCCCGCCCCCUUUCCAGCACGCGCUCAAAUGGGGGGGAGCGGGAGGGGUGGGCGUGGAGCUGCCCAAGGCGAACGCAGCGUCCCCCACCCGAAGAUGAUGGCCCAGCCGGUGCCGCCACCAAACGCGGCCGGCCCGGAGGCCGCGUGCCCGCCGAAGGGGACUCUGCUCUCCCCUCCCCGUCCCUUUCCAGUCCCUCCCCAGUCCCCUCUCAGUCUAACGAGUGCCUCCCAGGCCCCCCCCCAGCAUCGAGGGUCUGGAGUCCCCCCAGGUCCAUGCUGGGGACACCCUGAGGCUGCUCUGCAUUGUGCGGGGAGGGAACGCCCCCCAGUCUGUACUGGGGCAAGACCCCCCUGCAGAGGGGAGGAUCUUGGCAAGCUCGUGGGUGGUGGAGAACAGCAGCAUGAGCCUGAGCUGCUCCAGCGGCCCCAGGAACGCCCCAGGAACCCCCCAGGGCGGCUGUGCUGGUGGCUGGCAGGGGAGGAGCUGCAGCCCAGCAACAGCGCAGCCCUGCCGGGUGGUGGCACUGUAUCCAAUGUGAGCAUCGUGGGGCAGUGCCAGCUGCAUGGGUGCCCUCUGCUGUGCGAGGCUGUAACUGCAGACCUGGGCAGCCGCAGCGCCAGCAUCCUGCUGUCCUGCUGGGCGACACCUUUCCUCAGCCGUGGCUGUCUGCCGUGCUCCUGCCUUGUCUCUAAAUGCCCUGCACGAUUGAAGUGCCUGAAAGCUGAGGGGAAGGUGCUUGGAGAGUACAGGCCCUCAGUGGUGUGCGGUGCUGGUGCUGCCAAGGCAGGCUUUGAGCAGGCUGUGUGAAGGAAGCAGCUGUCCAGUGCUGGCAGAAGCUGGAGUGGAAGCUGGAAGCCCAGCACAGGUCUCUCCAGCAAGCAUGAAAUGAGCUGAAGGAGCAUCAGGAGCAGCAUGGCCAUUCCGCCAGGCAGCAGGAUGUUUCAGCCAAGCACAAGCUCAUGCAGGAGGAGCAGAUCCUGAGGAACAUCUCCCAUGAGACACAGGUGGCAAAAGAGGCUCAGUCAGCACCACUCAGUUUGGGGCUGUGGUGGAGGGUUGCAAAGCCCUCUUGCAAAGCCCUCAUUUGGACAGAAUUGUGCCUCAAAGGACCAUCAAUCACGAGGUCAAAACCUUGUGCCGCCGCCGCAUGACUACAGCCAUGGCACCAGCUGCUGUUCUUAGCUGUGGGAGAAUUUCUCCUGCAGCGGGGCAUAAGCUGUAAACAUGAGAUUUUGUUAUGGGAAAAGGACCUUGAGUUAGAAGGCACUGUGAGCACCCUACGCACACCUGCUAGGGGCUGACCCUGCCAGCCUCUCAGGGUGGGACCACAGGUUGUUUUUAUAAGUAAUAACCUAUCUGUGCCUUACACAUAACUUUGAGCCAAUCGGUAUUGUUCACUUGUGCCAGCAUCAUUUUGGCUGGAUACACCUUCCUCUGAAGGUUGCAUUGCCCUAAUAAGGGGGCACUUGCACGGGCAUUCGCACUAGCAAGCAGCUCUCACACACACCACACCGCAUCGCACUGCACGGCACUGAUUGAACUGAUCGCAUUCGUCAGUGCCCCAAUCCACGCCUCGCCAGCAUC